UGUAGCUAGGGUUGUAUAAAGUUUCACUCUCUCAUUCCCUUUGUGCCUCCGCCAUCCACUGAAUCUCUCUUCAACAACAAUGGCUGAACAGACUGAGAAGGCUUUUUUGAAGCAACCUAAGGUGUUUCUAUGCUCAAAGAAAAGUGGAAAGGGUAAGAGGCCCGGAAAAGGCGGCAACAGAUUCUGGAAGAGUAUUGGCCUUGGUUUUAAGACCCCUAGAGAGGCUAUUGAAGGAACUUACAUUGACAAGAAGUGCCCUUUCACUGGUGAUGUCUCCAUCCGUGGGCGUAUUCUUGCUGGUACAUGCCACAGUGCCAAGAUGGUAAGGACCAUUAUUGUUCGCAGGGAUUACCUCCAUUACGUCAAAAAGUAUCAACGUUAUGAGAAGAGGCACUCCAACAUUCCAGCUCACAUAUCUCCGUGCUUCCGUGUGAAGGAAGGGGACCAUGUCACCGUUGGACAAUGCAGACCUUUGUCCAAGACUGUGAGGUUCAAUGUGUUGAAGGUGAUUCCAGCUGGAUCUUCAGGUGGUGGCAAGAAGGCAUUUACAGGCAUUUAAGAAGCUUAGUAGCCCCUUUAUCUUGUUACAUUCUGCAAAAUGAUUCUGUUUGAUUAGCCGAUUUUGAAGUGAAACGUGGUUUGAUUUAGAUCUGGGUUUGAUGUUUCUAUGGACGUAAUUGGUUGCUACUAGUCUUAUUCUACAUUUGAUGUCUAAAAAGAUUGUAUGACUUUAAUAUUAGAAUCAAUUUUUGAUUUGGCAUGAUCA